ACACGGGAUUCCAAAACAUGCCUUGCGGCAUCACCCGCUGCCAGAGCCACAGGCUGAGGUGUGCUCAGCCACACCCACGGCUGGAAACUGUGCCGAGAUCUCCAGGGAGUCUGAGACCUGGAAGGAAUCGGAUUACUCUUCUGUUACUCCAGCUGAUCAUAGGAACUCAGGGUCUGCUAGUCAGAGUUAUGCUGACACCUCCACUCAGGACAGCUCAGUCUUCUGGGGCUAUGACGAAUUUGAUAAAGCUGCCACACAACAAGUUCAGCAAAUGUUUAGACAAAUUGAUGAGCUUCUUUAUGAGCAGAACGAAAAUGUGCAUGUUGAGGGACUACGGGAAGAAUGCCACCAGUGGACAGUCAACUUUCCUCAUCUCAGGGUCGUGGGGAAGCAAAUAGCGAUCCCCACCGAUGAAGGGUAUGGGUGGUAUUCAAGUUCACCUUCUGGCAGUUUAGGUUCCUCAGAUGUAAGUUCACCACGAGAGAAAGAUUCUAAUGAGUUUAGUGUUUUGGGCAAGAAGGUUCCUCUUUCCAUUACUCCCACUCACAAAAUGGCCAACGCUUCCACGCCUCCGACCUUGUGUUCUCCAGAGAGUGAAGAAGGUGAAGAUGGAGUAAUUGUCUCUGAAGGCAUAAUGGAGGAAUAUUUUGCAUUUGACUGCAGAGAUGUGGAGGAGGAGCUGCACGAGAAGAAAAUUGUACUGUCCUCUGGUAGACGGAAAUUGGGGUUUCCUCCUGUCUCUCCAUAUUCCUGCACAAAAGAUUCUGUGCUCACGUUUGUGUUUGAUGAUGUGUGGAGCGAAGUCCUAGGCUGCAUGGAAGAAUUAAUCUGCAAACACUGGGAAUGGGCAGCCUCUGAUGAUGAGAAAAAUAUCCUAACAGUAGAAGCAAUCAGGGCAGAUGCUGGGAGCCUUUUGCCAUUUGAUCCUCUGCCAGCGUUGUUACCUCGUGUGCCACAACCUAAAACACCCUCAGUGACAUCCAAUCUGUGCCCAAAACCCAGAUGUGGCCACAAAAGCAAAAAGAGGAGAAAACCACCUCAAGUAAACCUCUCUCAAGGGUCAAGUAGUGGCUCUCAGUGUAAUCUAAAUGGCCUGAUGGUGAUACAUGGGAUCCGGUUACAGCAAAGGAAUCUGCCUGUCAUGGAGAAAAAGCUGGACCUGGACGAGAAUCGGCCAGGCUCGGGUUCCAUCCCCUCUGCUGGAGUGUGGCCAGAUCGGCCCCUGGAGCUCAGCACGUCGUCCCUGCCGCGGCCCCCGGGAAGGCGAAAUGCACCACCACGCACCCUGCAUCCCCUCAGCACCAGCCACUCCCCUGCUGGGACCCCAGGGACUGUGGGCGACGUCUUCAGGGGGACUCGGCU